AUGGCCAGCCUCUCGCGGGCCGUCCACAUGGUGGCUAUCCUCCUGGCGCUGCUGGCACUGGCCGCCACCGCCACCGCCACCGCCACCGCCACCGCCACCGCCACCGCCACCGCCACCGCCACCGCCACCGCCACCGGCAGCACAGCGACGGCCUGGCCGUCGACCAUGGACGGCAGGCCAGUCCCCUGGCCGGCGGCCCUGGCGGCCCUGGCCGAGGCCGGGGCCCGGUGCGCCCUGGCCGACCGGCGCCUGAUGCACGCGAACCUGGGCCUGACCGACGCCCUGCUCGAGGACCGGCUGCCGGCCUAUCAGCUGGGCCACCUGCGCGCGUACCUCCCCCACGAGCAGGCGAUCCGCCUCCGGACACCGGGCAGCCUGCACGGGGCGGACGAGCCGGAAACCCGGGCCCUGCUGGGCGCCCUGGCCGCCGGGGCGCCGGAUGCCACCUUCCGCCAGGCCUUCCCGGCCUUCGACUUUGCCGAGCCGCUGGCCCCGAUGGCCGAGUCGUUCCUCCGGCCCGGGGGCCCGGUGGCCGCCGGGGAUGAGGGCCCCGGGCCCGGCACGGCCCCGGGCCCGGCUCCCCUGGCCCCCACCGACCCGGUGGUCCUGCUGCUGGAGCUCGCGGUCCGGGCGGCGCCCACCCCGAGCAAGGACCGCCCGGCCGACGUGGCCCCGGGCUCGGUGGACUUCCUGUGGGAGGUGGUGCUCAGCCUGCCGGCCGAUCUGGCCGCCCGGGCGGGCCCCUGCCUGCGGGGCGAGGCGGCCCCGGACACCGGGGUGGCCGCCUUCGGCCCGACCCCCCGCCGCAUGGGCGACUGCCAGCACCUGCGCGACACCUGCGGCCUGACCGUGCAGCAUGUGUUCUGGGUCAACCCGGCCACCGGCCGGCGGCUGGGGGUCCGCCUGCCGGCCGACCGGUACCUGUCGGCGGCCGACGAGCAGCAGGCCGCCGCCACCCGGCGCCGGCGGGGCGCCCUCCGUCGCCUGCUCGGCUGGGUGGCUGUCAUCUUCGGCGGGGCGGCUGUCCUCGGCGGGGCGGCCUUCAUUGUGGCCAGCUUGCUGGGGCUGGAGCCGGCUGGCCGAGUCCGGCGCCUGCGUGCCGGCCAGGCCGCCCCGGCGCCCACCGGGCCCAAGGAGGACUGAGAAAAAGAAGGCAAGAGGGAGGGGCGGAGGGGGGGGGAGGGAAAGCCGCGGGCGUGUCCCCCCGCCCCUCCCCCUGGGGCCGGGCGGCUGCCUCCCUCCCUCCCCGCUGCCGACGCAUGUGUCGGCGGCGUGUGCCGGCCCUUUAACCGUGUCCGGCCUCCGGGGCGUAACCCAAAUAGAGCAGCACUUGAUGAA